AGGUCUUUCUUUCUCUAAUCUGGAUCUUGAACAUUUUUCUUCCUCUUCGUCUAAUCAUCAUCAUCGUCAUUUCCUACUUCCUGCGUUCCUCUGAAAACGAAAAUCGGGAGAAUUUCAUCAUCUUAUCUGUAUUUUCGUCGAUCUUCUCUAGAUCGAACCUUCAUUUAUGAGAAAAAUGGUCGUAUGCAUCGGCGCUCUCCUUUUCCUUGAUCCGAUCUACAAUUUCACCGACGUGCUGGAAAUUGUGCAAUGUAAACCUAUUCUUUCAAGAUGAACGGUAUAGACUAGGGGAAUUUCUUCUGCAUUGUGUUUGCAGAAUUCAGUCGGUUUCAGCAGACAUCUUGGGUAAAUAUGGAGGCAUCUAGUGGAAGCAAUAGCCAUAGAAUUGCCUUGGAUUGUUCAAACAAUGAAAUCUCCCAAGAAUCACGGAUUCAAAGCCCUAAGUUUGAAAUCUCUGAUUCUGGAAUCCCACAGGCCGUUGGACCAGACCAACGGUUCUAUUCGAUGAAUGCGCUUGAGAUCUUGAGAGAAACCAUCCGCAUCCUCCGCUUCAAUUCCACAUGUUUCCUGGCGAUAGCGGCAGUCCUCAUUUGCCCUGUAUCUGCUAUCCUGCUCUCGAAUGCCCUUGUUAAUCAGUCCAUCGUGAAGAGAUUGACGGUCCGGCUUUUAUUGCUUGCAAGGUCCUGUGGGCUUCCCUUGAUUCCUUCGCUAAAGCAGUCAUGCCAACGUCUCUCUGAAAUGGUUGCUUCUGCUGCUUUCUGCUUCCCUUUUUACAUCACAUUCUUGCUGUUGGCCAAAGCUGCCAUAGUGUAUUCAGUGGCCUGCACUUAUGCUGGAAAGAAGGUCGCCGGUUCCAAGUUUUUUGCGACUGUCGCUAAGAUCUGGAGGCGUGUGCUUGUCACGUAUAUGUGGGUUUGUAUGGCGAUUAUCGGCUGUGUAGCCCUGUUUAUGGUCCUGCUUGUGAUUGUCUGCAAUAUAUUUGUUCUGGUGUGUUUUCCUUCUGAGCUAAUUGUCUAUCCUGCUCUGGUUGUGGAAGUUGUCUUCGCGGUGGUUUUUGCCCAUGCAAUUAUUGUCUGCAACCUUGCAACUGUCAUCUCUGUUUUGGAGGAUGUGUCAGGACCGCAGGCCUUCUUGAGGUCGGUUUUUCUGAUCAAGGGUCAGACUCAAGUGGGUCUUCUGAUAUUUCUUGGAUCGACCAUUGGGAUGACUUUUGUGGAAGGAUUGUUCGAGCAUAGAGUGAAGACUUUGAGCUAUGGAGAUGGGUCUUCGAGGAUAUGGGAAGGACCUCUGCUCGUGGUUAUGUAUUCGUUCGUGGUACUUGUUGAUUAUAUGAUGAGUGCUGUUUUCUACUUCACCUGUAGAUCUUCUAGUUUGGAAGCAUUUGAUGGGGAUGGACAGACCCUAGUAGAGUCGUAUACUGUUUCCACUGGAUAGUUAGCCAUUCAAUGACAUGACAUCACAGGGAAAAUAUAUCUUGAUACUGAUACUGAUCUGCACCAUGUUUCUUGCUUAAUAAGCAGAAAGAAUUACGAAUGGCAGGCAUCCAUAGAAUGCUGUCAUCUGGGUCCAAAUGGUGGAGAAUUGUAUUGCUUUCAUUGUAUUCAUGGUGGGUUCUGAAAACUCUCAAGGGAAGAAAGAAAGCUCCAUUACUGCAACGUCAGCGAAUUGAGUUCCAUGUGGAAGAAAUUUUGGACAUCCCAUUCCCAGCUCAUACGACAUUCUUUGUAUAGCCUGUAUUUCCCAUUACACAUUCAAAAUUGAUGCCAAGGUGCCUUACAUAGUUCAGAGAAUGUUCUUUCAUCAUUUGAGUUUCCUCCAGAAAAAAUAAUAAGUAACAUUGUCCUUUGCAA